CAUGGCCCAGAAUGCUGGUUAAGUUUACAGUCUAUUGAUAUUCAGUCUAACAGAAUCAAACACUCUGGACCCCUGUUACGUAUUUGUUGGAUUCUCCCUUCACUUACAGCCAAAAUGGUCAUUAAAGUAUUUGUAGCAACUGUUGCAGGAUCCACAGCGAUCAAAAAGAAGCAACAGGAAGUGGUUGGAUUUUUGGAGGCCAACAGAAUUGACUUUGAAGAAAAAGAUAUUGCAUGUAAUGAUGAUAAUCGACAGUGGAUGAGAGACAAUGUUCCUGGGGAAAUGAAGCCGAAAAAUGGAAUUCCCCUUCCUCCACAGAUAUUUAAUGAGGAGCAAUAUUGCGGGGACUUUGAAUCUUUCUUUAAUGCCAAAGAAGGGAAUGAAAUACAAGUGUUUCUUGGCCUGGCCCCACAACCAAGCUCAAAGGAAGCAGAAAUCUCACCUGACCUCCAAAAUGGGGAAGUUCCACAGGAAGAAAAUAAUGUCAGUUCACCAUCUGCUGAGGAAAAGGAACCAGCCAGUGAAAACCCAGAAAAUGUGACAAAUGCAACUGAAGAGAAACAGGAGGAAGAAGUAGAAGCUACUCAAGAAGAGGAGCAGGUGGAAGAAGAGGUAGAAGAAGAGGCUGUAGAGGAGGAGGCAGAAGAGGAAGAGGAAUCAUAGAAAUCAGGCUGCCAUAAACCUGGGUAUAGCAUCUGUAAAACAAUGCACUUGGUUACAAUUUGUUCACCUGAAGGACGGCACUCUAGCAAAAAUCACUUAACAAACGCUCCCAAUAACUCUCUUUGCACCUUGACCUUAUUUAUGUGACAUUUAAUCAUGCUAUUUUCCACUGUAUUUCAACAGGAAAAUAUUGUGAACAGAACAUAUGUUUGUAAUAAAGUUGGAAAUAAAAAAUGUAUUCUUUCUA